UGUAGGUGUGUGUGUGUGUGUGUGUGUGUGUGUUUUUGGUUGCGGGGUGGGGGGGGGGUAGACACGUCACGACGCUUGAUGGUCAUGUGAUUCAAGUUCUUGGCGGGCAGUUUAUAGUGGCUCACAUAACCUAUAGUCUCCUGUACUGAAGCAAAUCUAGCAGCCAAAUGUUUCUGUAAGUUUCUGGUGUUAAUUUGCCAUCCUGUCGAUCAUACUAAAGCAGUGCUUGGUUGUUAAGAGGUUCAGUAUGUUUCCACAUCUUUCAAAUAUUGUUCAGGUACACAGUAAGCUUAGGUAAUAAGUGAAUGGCUAAAUCAUGGCUAUGUAUGUUUGGUGACUUUGUAAUUAAAAAUCUCUUUUCUCUGAGCUAACAGUCUGCAUGUGCUUUGAAUUAUAGAUGACCCUUCACGCCGCCCAGGUUCCUGCAGAAGUAUUGAAGACAUCAUGCACUUGUGUUGCAGGGAAGGCUUUCUGCAAUCACCUUAUUGCUCUGCUUUAUCAGAGUGCCCAUUACAGCACCAUGGGCUUUAAAACAGUCCCUCUUCCUGUAGCCUGCACCAGCACCUUGCAAACUUGGCACAGGCCAAGGACUCAGGAAUACAGCCAGAAGCAACAGGUGACAUGGAAGUACGGAAACCCAAGUCCAUCAGCAGAACAGGUGUGAAGUCCACACUUUAUCAAGCAUAUCCAGGUCCCUUUCCUGACCCUCACAUAUUGGAACUUGCAGAGAAACUGAGAAACAUGCGCCCACAGCCUGGAUUAUGCAAGUCACUUCUGAAUCGAGAUGAGGAGCUGCUUAUGGUAGACUCCAGAUUUGGUCCUGUCCCAUAUGGCUCAGUUUUGUCAUAUCAGUGCCCACCUGAAAGUAACAACGAGUUAAUCAGGCACCCAGAUGCCCCACAAUACCCACAACUGCCCAUUGAGAAUUACAGAUUUUACUUUAAAUUUGACUUCACACCCAACUACAAACAGAAAUGUCACCUGGAAAGCAUAAAAGUGACCACCACACAAGCAGCCAUGAUUGAAGAAACAACACGGGAGCAGUCUAGCUCACAGCUUUGGUUUGAGGUGCGCCGGCCCCGUGUCACAGCAAAUAGGUUUCAUGAGGCGUGCCAUGUCCGUGGAAAAUCUUCGUCUCAAGCCCUGGCAAAAAGAAUCCUUAAAGGUACACCACAAACCCGGGACAUGAGACGAGGACAGGAACUGGAGUCUGAAGUGUUAAAACAAUACUCCAAUGCAUGGUAUGUAUCAGUACUACUGUGUGGAUUCAUCAUCCAUCCAGAUGCGAGAGUUCAUGACCCUACAGCAUCACCAUCGUUUGGACUGGCAGAGGUGAAGUGCUGCAACGUGGCAUCAAUCAUGGAGCUUAAACAUCUUAAAGUAGGUGGAGGUGAGGCCAUGCUGAAACCCACUCACAAAUACUACUGGCAGGUACAGAGACAGCCUGCCAUAACUGGCCUUGAAUGGUGUGGUGUCAUCACAGAUACUCACUCUGAUGUCACCAUUCAGAGGAUUUGGCGGGACCAAGGACUUAUAACAUCCAUGAAAGAAAACCUAGACAUGUUUUAUCAUCACGUAUACAUGGAUGUCUACCUAAAUGAGAAAGUAUAGAUCUACUUAGUAUAGAUAGUAAA